UCGAUUUUCGAUAAUCGAAUUGACGUUAUUGAAAUGCGCAUAACUUUAUACCGAGUCCGACGAUAACGUGUAAAAAGAAAAUGGUUAAUUGGGUAAUAGAAUUUGCAGAAGUAUCUAAGAAAAAUGUGACCAUAUUUGCAUAAGAUACUGGCGAGUUCACGAAAAUCGCAGCAUCGCUUUCGGUCGCAAUUUCGGUACAAAUUGAAUGACUUGGUGUCGCCGCUUUUGCAAACGCGUAAAGAAAAUACGGGACAGCAAGAUGAAGACUCGAAAUACGUAAAUGUCACGGCGUGUUGCGAACACUCGCGCAAGAUUGAUCGCAAGCGAUCUGAGGCGAUAUUAAAAUUUCUGACUAAACUUAAAAUAGUCAAGUCAUCGAAGAGUCAGGUGCAAUAUAACGAUUGCAAGUCUGCGACUUCCAAUUGUAGCAUUAGUCAUGCUGGAGAUACGAUGAAUCCAUCAUUGCGUCGCAAUACGCGUGAAAAUGUAGUCAAUAAAGAAUCGAUUGGCUCAACGAUUACUGUAAAAAAUAAAUCAGAACCGAAAUCCCCUGUUAUAGCCUAUGAUUACGAGGCAGCUAUCAGUCAGCCUGACAUUCCUAUAUGUUCAAAUAUUGAUAACACACUGAACCCAAGUUGGUCAGAGCAAAGUGACGAAUUGUCAGCACCGACUAAGAAAAGAAAGUUUUAUGUUCGUGGAAAAAUUGGUUUAACUACUAAAAAGAAAGGAAUUGUUUUUAAACCGAAGAUAAAAGCAAAAAAGGUUACAAAAUCUCGUCCGUCAAUUUGCGACGUUACUCAGAUUAAAAAAGAAUUGAUACCUCCCUCAAAAAUUAUUCGAAACGUUGAAAAUUAUAAACAGGAAAAUAACGACGACGGAGUUAUUCCGAAUUGCCAAAUGCUACUUAACCAAAAUUUGGUGCUUUCUCGAGAUAUUCAAAAGACAUCAGAAAUCGCAAAAAAUGGCAAAAAUCUUACGAGCAAAGCUACCAGCAUAUUUCAAGAAAAUUCUAAUAAAAUUAAUAAAGAUACAAGAUUGAGGGUCCCUCAAAAUAAAAUCAGUAAAAUUCCACGCAUAAAACCACCGAUAAAACCGAAUUUCUUUUUAUCUACACAUGGAGAAUCUCCUGUUUAUCCAAGUGAAAAAUUAUCAUUAAAAAAUGAAUUAAAAUAUUUCACGGAAUUUGUCGCAGACAAUAAAGAAGAAAAGAUAUUUGAUUCAAAGAGGGAAACUUUAUACGCACUGGAUUAUAAAAAAACCAAACACAUUUUGCCAAUUGUUAAUGAAAACUUAAAUGUUUGGUGUCCCGAGAAAAGUUCAGAGAUGGAUGCUGAUGAAGAAUUCGAGGGAGAUCUUUUGACUCCGAUAAAAGAAUCGCCGGUCAUUACAGGCGAUGAUCCGCGUUCCGCCACAUUAUUAAAAAGCAUGGCUCUAAAAUGCGAAUGCCGAUCAUGCAAUGAUCAUAAAUAUGCUUCUACUGUUCAUACUGAUCAACAUACCGAGUCCGAAUCCUGGAGCUCUCCCGAGAUAGAGAGCACACGAAAAUGGAAAUCAAUGAGACAUCGUAAAUUCAUCGAUGCGAGUUCCGAAGAUUUGGACUUGUUACCGAAUUAUAACAUUAAUUAUAACAAGACAAAUAGAAAGAAUAAUGGAUCGAAUUUUGCGGGCCAUAUUACGAAACAACCUUCGGUAGUUAAUCACACAAAAAUGAAAACUUAUCGGAAGACCAGUUUCUCGUUUUUUAAUGUCUUCUUCGAUAUUGUUUUUUGGCCUUUCGUUUUCCUUCGCGCAAAACAAUGACUCGUUACCAUGUAUAGAAUUAUAAAUCCUGUUACUUAGCUUGUUGGUACUUUGAUGCAUUGUACGUAAUAUUAUGAUAAUGAUAACAUAAACGAAAAUGAAAAACAUCCUUGAAAUUUAU